AUGCUGUUCAAAAACAUUCUUUUCACCUCUGUCGUCGCUUUGUUGAGUGGUACGGUCGCCGCGGAGGAUGUUAGUGACGGCGGCGCUCCCAAGCUCAACGUCGGCUCUCUGAACCUUCCCAAAAGGAAUGCUCCGAAUGGACUUCGCGCACGAAGCCUUACACUUCUCGAAAACUUGGAAAGUCUGGUCCUCGUAGGCUCUUCUACCCCGACAGCUACCCCGGCAAGCUCCUCGAGCAGCUUCUCGCACAUUGCUCAACCCAGCCCGACGUGGGCCCCUCGUCGCCAGAAACGCAACGUCGAGCUUCUCUCUGAAGUUGGAAGCAUCAUUCCUGGCAUUCAGCCUACGUCAUCAACUGCUGCGUCUUCGGCUAUGCCCUCAGAUGGCUAUAGUCACCACUGGAGACCGAACCAGCCCUCGAAGUCGUGGGAAAGGCGAAUUGUGGCGACACCUAUCUCGAUCCCCAGCUCAGUCCCAAUUCAAAGCGCUCGCAUGUCCCCUACUUCGACCCCCAGGCCGUCGAUGAAGAGAGUCAAGUCAGCCUGA